ACUGCCGGAUCGCACCAUCUCAGGAACACAGCGGUGCGUAGUACCCGGCAUCGUAUUCGUACUUUUUUAUCUCUUAUCUAAAGUUUUAUCGGCUCACAAGUGCAUCUCGGAGCAGAUCCAGUCCGUCUGCAACCCGCUUACAUCGCCAAUCAAUCACACCGACGACAUUUCUUAACCCGCGCUCCAAUUCGAAUUUCCGAUCCAAUAAAUAUUUUUCCCACUGCUGGCUGUGCCGCGAAAGAUGACGCAGGCGGUUGCGGUUGCGGUUCCCGGGCAGCUUCUCGGCCCUGCGGAUAAGUACUCCGCGGGCGCCGGGACGCAUAUCCACGAGGCGAACUUGUACUCGUCGCUGCUUGGCACGGUUGCGGUUGCGCAGCCUGAGAAGGUGCCUGGGCCUGCGAAGAGAUUGACGAGGAUCGCGGCGUUGGCGGCGGGCAAUACCGGCAGUAACAAUAACAGCGGCAGCAGCAGCAGCAGCAAUACCCUACCCACGAUCUCAGUCUCGCGCUCAGGUGUCUCGGAGAAGCGCGAGGUCCUACCCGAAGUCGGUAACGUGGUACUAUGCCGCGUAACGCGCAUCACGCCGAAGCACGCAUCGGUUGCGAUCCUCGUCGUCGGCGACACGGUACUCGAGGCCGAGUGGCAGGGCUUGGUCCGAGUGCAGGAUGUCCGAGCCACGGAGAAGGACAGAGUCAAGAUAUACGAAAGCUUCCGGCCGGGUGAUAUUGUGAGGGCGCAAGUGAUUUCACUCGGCGACCAGGCUAAUUAUUACCUCUCGACCGCAAGCAACGAACUCGGUGUCAUCAUGGCUACGAGCGAAGCUGGAAACCCGAUGUUUCCUGUCAGUUGGAAGGAGUAUAAAGACCCGGAGACUGGCCUUAGUGAGCCCCGGAAGGUCGCAAAGCCGUUUUGAGCUUCGUGACUACCUUUAUUACGGUCCCGAGGUUUAGAACGACCUUAUAUCACCGGGCACUUCGAGCUGGCUUAUGACCCAGAAACUAUCGAAAUGUCCCUUAUGGAUUUCCCCCCCAAUUCAAAUUUCAAACUGGCGUACUCGGAUUGUUUCAAUCGGCGUUUAAAAGUUACAAUCCGCGGCUAGAAGAUAUCGCCGUGGCGACGCUCUAAUGGAUACCUA